AUGGCUGUUUCGAGCGGGUUUGCAGGGGUCAAUUUCGAGACUCUUCUCAUCAGCAGCAGCGCAGCGACCGCCUCAUCAUCGUCGUUAUCUACGCCGAAUCAAAUUUGGGUUUUCUGCAAACCAGCUCGAACCAGAAGAAACAGCCUGGUUAAGAAAAAUGGUUGGGGUUCAUCGUCAAACCCUGCGAUCAGGUGCGAGAUUGCUGCGUCGGAUGUCUUGGUUCAGACCACUGACAAUUCCAAUUCGGCUUCUUCUUCCUCUUCUAGAUCUUCCAGUCUCUCUGCUCUCGAACUGCUCAAGACAUCUGCAGCUGACAGGUAUACUAAGGAAAGGAGCAGCAUUGUAGUCAUUGGGCUUAGUGUGCACACUACACCUGUUGAAAUGCGUGAAAAACUUGCCAUUCCUGAAGCAGAAUGGCCACGAGCUAUUGGGGAGCUUUGCAGUUUAAACCAUAUAGAAGAAGCUGCUGUUCUUAGUACCUGCAACAGGAUGGAGAUAUAUGUUGUUGCUCUAUCUCAGCACCGUGGAGUCAAAGAAGUGACUGAAUGGAUGUCAAAGACAAGUGGGAUCCCUGUUUCAGAGAUUUGUGAGCACCGAUUUUUGCUCUACAACAAAGAUGCUACACAGCACCUCUUUGAGGUAUCAGCAGGGCUAGACUCCUUGGUAUUAGGGGAAGGUCAAAUCCUUGCUCAGGUCAAACAAGUUGUCAAGGUUGGGCAAGGAGUUGUAGGCUUUGGGAGGAACAUCAGCGGGCUGUUCAAGCAUGCAAUCACCGUUGGAAAGCGGGUCAGAACUGAGACAAACAUUGCAGCAGGGGCAGUUUCUGUUAGCUCUGCUGCUGUGGAACUUGCCUUGAUGAAGCUUCCAGAAUCUUCGCAUGCCACUGCUAGGAUGUUGGUGAUUGGAGCAGGCAAGAUGGGGAAGCUAGUGAUCAAACACUUGGUGGCCAAAGGAUCCACAAAGAUGGUUGUUGUAAACAGAUCGGAGGAGAGAGUUGCAGCUAUCCGUGAGGAGCUAAGCGAUGUUGAGAUAGUCUACAAACCCCUUGCAGAAAUGCUAGCAUGUGCUGCUGAAGCAGAUGUAAUUUUCACCAGUACUGCAUCAGAAACCCUAUUGUUCUCAAAAGAACAUGUAAUGGUCCUUCCGCCUGUUGGUUCAGAUGUUGGGGGUUUGAGGCUUUUCAUUGAUAUCUCCGUGCCUAGGAAUGUGGGGUCUUGCGUUGACAAUCUUGAGACGGCACGAGUUUAUAAUGUGGAUGAUCUUAAAGAGGUUGUGGCUGCCAAUAAAGAGGAUCGGCUGCGGAAAGCAAUGGAAGCUCAAACAAUAAUUACUGAGGAAUCAACACAAUUUGAAGCUUGGAGAGAUUCACUGGAGACAGUUCCCACUAUCAAGAAACUAAGGGCGUAUGCUGAAAGAAUCAGAGUUGCAGAACUGGAAAAAUGCUUGUCAAAAAUGGGUGAUGAUAUCUCAAAGAAAACAAGAAGGGCUGUGGACGAUCUUAGCCGGGGAAUAGUAAACAAGCUCCUUCAUGGUCCAAUGCAGCACCUGAGAUGUGAUGGGAGUGACAGCAGGACUUUGAGUGAGACCCUUGAGAAUAUGCAUGCUCUAAACAGAAUGUUCAGCCUUGAGACUGAGAUAUCAGUGUUGGAACAGAAGGUUCGAGCUAAGGUGGAGCAAACCCAGAAGUAA